AUGGAAAAAGAAACUAAAAGACAAAGAGGAGAAGACGAAGCAUAUAGACUUGCAGGAAAAGAAACCGCCUCCAAAACGCCAACAGUUAACAUAAAUGUGUCAAUGAAGCACGCCGCACUCAACAGCCUGAAGAUAUUCCAAGUGAAACACAUACACCCUUACAAAACAGUGAGUACCACCAGAAAUACGACUAACUCUCCUAACCCGGGGUCAUAUUCCACAUUCAGAAGGGCCCCCUGGUCGAAAAUUUUUUGCAAAAAAGUACUCACAAAUCUGGUGAAAGACACCAACCCAAAAUGGCCGGCUUCGGAGAGCCAAGGCACCACAAAAUCUCCGAAUCCACAUCUAGACAGCCAACAAAAUAGGUCACAAACAGCAGACAAAAAUGAAAGUAUGGAGAAUACCAGACUCGAAAGUAUGGAGAACGCUGCAGACAGUCAUAAAAGUAUGCAGAACGCUGCCAACAGACGCGAAAGUAAUGCCCACCCAGAGCAUCCGCCGAACGAGGCCAACAUGCAGACAAGCGACCGCAACGAUGUUUCACAGACUUCGCAGAAUAGUGUUGACGAACUAAGAUCCGAUCCAAAUGACAGUAUGGAGAAUCUCAAAAAAACACUUGAAGGUUCCAAUAGCGGGACUAAUACAGAAACAGAUGAUUCUUCUGAACUACAUAUAGAUGAACAGGAAACGGACACAAACACCCCGGACACAAUAAAAAAUACUUCUUUUUGA